AGCACUGGCAGCAGCGUGUUCGACGAGCACUCUGCACUCGCUUUCUACACAGCAAUGCCGCCUGGCAGGAGCGGAUGAGAAGGACUAUGUCGUCUGUUCCGCCGCCCAUCAUGUCUCCAUCACUGCUGGCUUCGCUGCCCGCCCGCUCGCCCACUCCACCACGAGAUGCCUCUUCCGACGCGGUUGGCGAUGCCCUGCGUUUCCUCGAGCAGGGACACGACGAACCCGUGGUGGAGAGCACCGACGCACAGCCCACGAUUGUCACGAAGAUAACGACACGAACGACCGAUACGCCGCCAUCGAAGAAUACCAUCGUCGCCGCAACCGUUUCCCCACAACCUCGAGGAUCUGCCAAAAAGGUCGACUUCUCGCCAUGGCCAAUCUACCACAAAAUACCGGCACUGGGCCAGUCCAGCUCGCCUGGGCUAAUACAACGGCCACUGCCACCACACAAUUCCUCGCCUCUCGCCCAAACUUCAGGCUCACGUCCACUGAAGUCGAUCCUCAAGCAGUCGACAUUGGCAUCUCCAGAAGAGACGGGUAGCACGACAGCCGACGGCGCGUCCGAGAUACAGCAGCCUGCCGACUUUCGGCAGAUGCUGCAGUCUGCUCUGUUGCAGUUAGAAGGUCCAUCAAGAGAUGCCCGCCGUGAUGCAUAUAUGGCCCUCAACAACUCCAUAAAGGCAUACAUGCGCGUGCCCGACCCUCAACCGCUGGCCGAGAAGAUGGCACGUGUGACACAGUGUCUGUCGCGGGAUCUUGCGUGGAAAGAUGCCACUGGCCGUCUGGAUGCCCAGAUUGUGCAGCUGGCAUUGAGCUUGACUUGUGCGAUCCUGUUCGAUCCAGAGACGCAAGGCUUACUCGAUCCCGACUUCCAAGCCUUUGUCAUUGAUCGUUCGAUAUUCGUGCUGGAACAAGCAGACAUGGCUAAAGCUUUAGUCAAAGGCCAUCUGCAUCUGCUCUGCGUACAGCGCUUCCCUCGGAGUGUGUUUGCAGCGGGACGCGCGGAACGACUCAUUGCGGUCAUGCAGAACAUCGAGGCUCGGAACAGCAUUAUCGCCGCUCGGCUAGUUAUCUACCAACGACUGAUCGAGAGAGCUCCUACAGCGAUGCUCAACAAGAUCAGAGAUUGGAUCGAACAUGUCUUCCAUGCUCUGCUGAGCAACGUGAACGACGUCCAAAGACGCGCCAUUGACGUCUGUAUGCAGAUGGGUAUGUCCCUCGGUCAGUAUCCUCAAACGGCCAAGGCAAUAUCAGAACUGUGCGACAAAGAGAUUGAAGAGGGUCAAAGCUAUGGCGACUACCUAAACAUGCAAUUGAUCGCAAUGACUUCAGAUACCGCCAAAGCUCCUCUCGUACCUGAAAUAUGGGUAGCGGUUGUCCUUUGCUUCCGGAACAAGCGAUAUCCCAUCGGCAAAUGGCCCAAGUUCAGGGACUGGCUCCUGACCAUUCAAAAGUGCCUCAAUUCGAGCGAUAUGGCUGUGAAGCGACCUGCCAACGUGGCCUGGAACCGCCUCGUCUUCACCAUCAUGCCGGAUUCGUCUACCUCGGAGCUACUGAGGUCGAUGCUGAAGGUGCCUAUCCUGGCCGGCCUGGAAAGGCGUGGUAACAGUGAGCUGUCCCAUCAGCUACGACAGCUCGCCUUGGAGAGCUACUGCAACCUGCUACAUUAUGCUAUGCGUCCUGAGCUUGAUUACGAAGAAUUGGAUCUCGCUUGGGACAUGUACGUGGGUCCAGUUCUCAUGAAAAUCUCGAAAGCGGGAAGCAAAGGUCGUAACAUUGCCUUUCGGGUCCUGCACGGGCUGCUGAAGAAGACUGGCGGAACGUGGAACGCCAACGCUGCGAACGAAAAUGAGCCCAUUCACCCCCGUGACUUGCCGCGACUGGAUGUGCGCUGGGUACGAUCCCGAUUGGCUCGCAUCAUGACUGUCAUGGAGCCCAUUGUCAUUGCGGGCAUGACACAGUCGACAGAUGUACAGCCGGCAAUCGAUGAAUGCUGGCGGACCUUGAUGACAGCAAUCGCGGAAGCUGGCAGCCAGGAAGUCAAGGCUUCCAACGAGCUCAAGGAUGCCAUCGCUGGAUUGAUCAACUUCUUCCGCCGACUGUGGGCAUCUGCCUCACAACUUUCACUCGAGCAGGAUGCGACAGCCUGGCUGAGUAGGUAUCAGACUGUGCUGGAAGUCACCGUAGAAAGCUUGGGCUCUGGACAUUUCGUGGACGAUAUCCUCAGCCGCACAAGCACAGACGAAGUCGAAGCUAUACCGAAUCAUCGAACAUCGAAGUCAACGCCAACCGCAUGCUCACCCUUCGUGCUGCUCUUCGCUCUGUAUUACGAGCCGCCUCAGCCUCUCCGCACGCCGAUCGUUAUUCAGAACUCCGCCCUCUGGUUCUUGCGACUACUCGCUGGUGCCAAAGUGUCGACAUCGGGGCUUCUUGGUCUCUUGCAGCGGUCACUGCAUGCCAGCAAGGCAUCACGCUCCGAGCAGAACGAAGAUAUCCAUGGACAGCUGUGGAGUGCGGUUGCCGAUACAGCCACCCAUACGCUGACCAAACAAUCUACUCUUUCUCCACAAAAGGACACCUUCGUCAUGGGCGUGGCACUCAAAAGCGCAGCCAGCAUCAUUCUUGAAGGUCUGAAAUACAUCGAUGAGGAUUGUAACGCCUCUAUGAUUCGGCUGUACAAUGCCGCAUGCCAAUCUGCACGACAUGUCGCUGGGAACGGUGGCAUAGUCCUGGCUGUGAUGGAACCGCUUGCCGGACUGGUCCACGAGCAGGUCUCACGCCUCUCGCUUGUAGCCAUACUGCGAUUGGCGAGCGCCAUGGCGGAAGGUGGUGUCUGGCCCAGCACUCGUUCUGAACUUGAUCAGAGUCGCAAGGCACUAUGGACCGUAAGCCUUGAGCCUUACAAGAUGCAAGCCUUCGACCCAUUCGACCAUGUGUACAAAUUUUUCGGCCGCAUUCUGGACCUUGCGUACGAGCGAUUUGACAAAUUACAUGGUGAUCAUCGCAGUCUGACAUCGACACUGAUGUCGUCUGUAGCUGACUUCCUCCAACGAUGCCCAUCGCCGCUCUUCCAGGUCGCAUUUCUCAAACUGCAGACUGGAUACAUUACUUGGGCCGAAGAUUUGCAGAUGUCGGUGUCCUCGCUAUCCCGAGACCUACACCCUGCGGAUAGAACAAUGCUUGAGGACCUACAACACAAUAUCAACCUCGUUUGGCUCCAGCUACUAUCCCAGAUCUCUGAAAAGCUGCCACAGAAAGACAGCCAGGCUCUUGAGCUGCUCGAACCAUUCUUGGUCGCUGGCUUCUCGAGUUCCAGCCAGGCAAUCGUGAACACCACCAUCGAUUUCUGGAACUCUUCCUUCGCUUUAGCUCCCAGCCUGGACUAUCCAGCUAAGUUGUUCCCAGUGCUUCGAGAGAGGCAAGUCCAAACUGAGCUAAAGCUACCCGGUUUCCCCAAUCCAAAAGAACAAACCUCACCAUCCAAUCUGCGCGAUUUGAGCUCGCCACAAUCAAUUUCGCUCAUCGACCGACGUGCUGCUGCUACCGCUCAUCGAUCACGUACGCCACGUAUUGACACUUCCGAGAACAUUUACAUCAACCAAUUGCUUGAGAAAACCAAGAAGUCCAUGGGCAAAACUACUCUCAACACCACGAGAAACAGCGCUUCCAAACCAAAACCGCGUCAUGACGACUCGCAAGUCCAUUUCGCCCCAAUUGAAUCAGCAGAGGAGGUCUUGACAGCUGACUCCCAGGCCCUGACCGAACAUCAACGGGACGUGAAAGACCGACAACGCUUGCAAGCUCAGGCGUAUCCUGGUAUUGCCUCUAGCCCAUUGACAACUUCCCCAAUAGCGAACCCUCAAGGCAACGCGAAACUCAAAUUCAUCUCGGACCUGCGCCGCACUGCAGACGGCAAGAUUGUCGUGAGUCCAAGAACCGAGACACACGACGCACUGCCUGGCGAUGAUCUUCCGUCCUCACCUACCCCAAGGCCCAAAUCUAAAGCGGACAAUGGUAUGAUAGCGCAUGGCACCGAUGCAAGCUUGUCACGUGGAACGCCAGCAUCUGACCCUCCGUCCUCUCCUCCUCCGACGAGUGAGAACAGUGCCCUCCACCCUGGAGAUGAUACUCAUGAAGACGCUGAGGACGACUUGCCACUUACGAGCGACGGUGAUUUGCACCAUCAACGUGUCAAUAGCUCAACGUCAAGCGAUCAGGAUGUCGUAAUGCACGACAGCGACUUGCCUUCUGACACUCAGCUGUCGAACGCGCAAUUACAGUUGGAAGACGAGUUAGCAUCGAAACAAAUGACUGGCACCGAUGCGACGAACGCUGCAGUGCGCGCCGCUGCUGAGCCUGAAACGCCUUCAAGAAUUAAAGCGACUCUUCUGAGUGAGGGCUCCGGCGUUGCGAGUACACCAGAGCACAGCAAUGCGGAGAACUCACAGAUACCCCAAUCGUCAACGAGGAAGCGCAAGCGAAUGGCCGACACGGCACAUGUAGCCCGAAAACGCAAGUCGCAACCGCCAUACGCCAAUUCGUUCCCUGGCUCCAGCAACGGGCAGGAAGAGGGCAUCGAGGAGGAGAUCGUGGUCGCUGCCCGCUCACAGUCGAUCGCGUCAGAUCUUGACUCCGCGCAAGAGGGAUACAUUGAGUCGGUGGAACAUUCAGAUGAUGCCCUUGUCGAAGCAGUGACCGCAUCUACAGGACCGUCAAGCACGCAGCCUGCGAAGAGGAAACCGGGACGACCGAGGAAGAUCAAGCCUCAGGAGAAAAUCGAACUUUCGCCCAGAUCGGCUAGACGUUUGAAACGGUCUGCGUCAGCUUCAAGCCUUCGAGAAUCAAAAGGCACGCCCACAGCGCAGCAAUCACAAGACUCUACAAACGAUCUGGACGAGCAGCACGAUUCAUCUCAAGAUGGAAGCGCGGCACAGGAUGGUGUACAGCGGAAGAUAGCACAGCCUCAGAGCAUUCUGUCACGCUUGCGUGGUAUCUUGGCUGAUUGCAAAAACAUGAUCAUCGGGUCUCAGGAGGAGGAACGGGAAUAUGACGAUGUCUUGUUCGGGAUCAGACGAAUAGUUCACGAUGCUGCUAGUGGCGUACACGGCCGAUGAAACCGCAUGUAGAUAUAGCGCUGAAGAGGACGGAAAAUGUGAUAUGAAAU